AUUUGGUGAAUGAGAAUAGAAUUACCAGAAAGAAUGCCAGCAUAGCUUCCUUUUCCCUUACGCCAUUAACUGGAACAGUAACUGAUUUGAUUCCCUAUACGUCUUAGAAGCUUGUGGGAAAAAAGGGGCACUUGUCAGAUACUCAGAUUAGGGUUUGUACCCUACAGACUUUGCAGGCUCAGAGCAUCACGAGAGGGAAAGGAGAAAAAAAAAAUUGAAAGAAAUCGGUGAAAAGCAACGAUCCUUAAGUGGGUAUUUUGUAUUAGGACUUCGCUUUCAGGGCUUGAAUUGAUACUUUUAUGCUUUGAUUUGUGAUUGGUUUGAUUGAGAAGGAACGACUGGAAGAUUCAUAUUUGAUCAUUGAAAAACGUCGAUUUGCAGAGCUACUUCUGUAAGGAACUGGUGGUGAAAAUGGAGAAUCGUGAUGUUCCCAGUGAUGAUUUGUCCGUUGCUUUUAUUGGGGUAGUGAAAAUAGAUGAGGAGGAGGAGGAAUUCAGGAGCUGUUGUGCGGAGGAGGAGGAAUUUAGGGACAUGGAGGAAACUAAAAAUGAAGGGCAAAAGGAUGAUUUUGACGAAUUUACUUUGAAGAUGUUCUUCAAAGGGAUAUCCAUUUCUGGUGCUGGAGAAUCGAGUUCAGGUUUUUCUGGAAUUGGGGUGGUUAUCGAAAAAUCACCUGGGGCUCCUAUUAUUCAGGUGCAGAAAAAGCUAGAUUUCUAUGUUGAGGAAUCAGUGGCUGAGUAUUUGGCUUUGAUGGAUGGUCUACUGGAGGCUUUGCAGAGUAAUGCUCGGCGUAUCUUUGGAUUUACUGAUUCCAAGAUAGUUUAUGAUCAGAUUGUUCAUGGGGAGAGACUGGAGAAUCAGCUUUUGAUAGCAAUGAAGCAAAGGGUUCUGGAACAUGUUAGUAAAGUUGAAUCUUUUGUUCUGAAACUAGUUCCCAGUAUUGAAUUGGAAAGGCCCUCGCGAUUAGCCCAAGUAGCCAUUGGCAUUGUUUGUCUGUGUUCCAAGGAAGAGGGAUUUGUUGAAGAUUGUCCUAUAUGUUGUGAGGAAAAGCCAUCAUCAAUGAUGGUAACCAUGAAAUGCUCCCACAAAUUUUGUUCCCAUUGUAUGAGAAUGUAUGUUGAUGGAAAAUUACAGACCUCUCACGUACCCAUAAGGUGUCCUCAGUCAGGAUGCAAAUACUACAUCUCUGCGAGUGAGUACAAAUCAUUUCUUCCUGUCACCUGCUAUGCCUCUUUGGAGAGAGCACUUGUGGAAGCUGAUAUUCUCAACCCAGACAAAAUCUAUUGCCCCUUUCCAAAUUGUUCAGUGCUGUUUAGUCCUCGUGAGUGUUUAUCAACUAGAGCAAGCUCUUCAAGUCAGUCGGAUACCAGCUGUGUGGAGUGCCCAGAGUGUCAGAGGUUUGUCUGUGUGGAUUGUGGAGUGCCGUGGCAUUCUUCCAUGAGUUGUGAGGAGUAUCAAAAUUUGCCCAUGGAGGAGAGGGAUGCUGGGGACAUCACUUUGCAUAGACUGGCACAAAAUAAGAAGUGGAGGCGUUGCCAGCAGUGCCGGAGGAUGAUUGAGCUCACACAAGGCUGUUACCACAUGACCUGCUGGUGUGGACAUGAGUUCUGCUAUUCUUGUGGUGCUGAAUAUAGAGAUGGCCGACAGACAUGCCAGUGUGCCUUUUGGGACGAAGAGGUUUUCGAGAACUCAGUUACCCACUCUAGCAUAGACUCUGAACAGUGGAGAUGGGAAUGGGAUACCUUUGAUUCAAUACCAACAAAUUUGGAUGCAUACUCAGAACAAGAGAGAUCACAAUUGGCACUCAUACAGCGCUUUCUUGCUGGAGGUUUCAGCCUGAGCGACAAUCCCCCUUACCAAUCUCCACCCAGGUGCUCAGAUUCCUAUGUUGACACCAUGAAGGAUCUCCAUCAGCUUCCCUGGCUUGAGAGGUUUGUCUCUGUGAUUAGUGAUAAUUACUAUGAAGAUUAUAACCAAUGAAGUGGAAAUUGUGCUGUAGCUAUAUCUUGGUAAUAAAUUGCCUGAUUUCCCGUCACGGUUUUGAAAGGGAGGUCUCUCUGAUGCCAUGUAUGAUGGGGUUUACCCAUCACCAUGCUUUGCGGCUGGCUACCUCGGUUGACAUGGAGGCCUGGGAAACAAGCCCUGUAAUCACUUGCUUAACAUCACAUUGGAAUUGGUGGAUUUCAUGUAUGAUCACUGCUUUCUUCUUGAAAGAAGUUUCCAUUCACACAAUGGAUUUGGAAGAAAAUCCAAUCAUAAUUUAUGUAUCUUUUCUGCAUUUGAAUACAGUGUUCUCAGAAGAAACAAGAAAAAUGGUCAAAAGGUCAUAGAGGAUAAUAACAAGUGCAUUUAAUCUUUAGGUUCAUUCUGUU